AUGUCCAACGACACACAGUCCCCCGUCGUGAACAGACACACCAAAUUUAAAAAGGACAACUCAAAGGUUAAAGUAAUUCGCUACUGUGAGAUGUGUGCGGACGUUGGGUUUGGUUCUUUCGUUACACCAUCAUCCUACGCCUCUGAAAAGUUCUUUCCAAAUUCGUACGUCAAUAUCUUAAAGUCUGAAGUACAGGUUUCUACAAUGGAAUAUAUGUACAUUGUACCACACCACACGAUCCACCACGUUUUUGUAUCGAAUACGGAUACGAAAACUGUUGAUUCGGAAUUCAUAAUGAAAAAGGUGAUUCAGGUGUUGCAAAACAAUCACAAUAGCAGAAUGUAUAACGACAGAUUCAUUAUCAACAUCCCACUUCAAUACAUCGAGAACUACAACUUCACACCAAAAGUGUAUUUUUCAUAUCCAACGAUUCAAGAGACUAUUGCGCUGUUUCAAUUGGAGGGAUUGUAUCUCGAGGGGUAUAUUAUGUCCUCACAAAUUGAUGCAGAGAUUGUGUCGUAUUUGAAAACCCUCAAGAAGGAUAUGCUGAUAUUCUUUAAAAGGCAAACGCAAUUGAUGGCACUUGAAAAUGACUACCUCAGAAUAUUCAGCUUAAGGCAAGCAAUACAGACAUGUAAAGAGAAGUUCCACGAUUCGAUUGGGAAGUCACGCGAAGAUGACGUUGUACUGAGAAUGGAAGUGAACUCAUCAGUGGUUCGAAUGAGUUUUGGGUACAAUGAAUCCAAUGCUAUUCUCGAGGAUUUUUCAGAGGAGUUUCGUGUGAAAAUGCUGCGACUUAAGUUUUUGAACAAUGAAAAUAAGAUGCACGUACUUGAAAGGGUGGACACUGAUUUACUGGCAUUCUACUUGGUCAAGGGGUAUUCGUCUUAUUUCCAGAAUCGAAGGUACGAAUUUUUCUUGUCGAACCCGUCACAAAGCAGGUCGGGAGCAUGUUGGUUCAUUGAUAAUACCGAUGACAUUACGCGUGUUGCUGCGUAUAAUUCGCUUGGAAUUGACUUGAAAAGUGCCAAAAUUAAGAACUCGGGUAUUUUGUUGAUGAGAGCUGGACUGUUUGGAUCGGAUUCUGUAGCUACUGCCGGUAUCUACCCCCAGCAAAUUAAAAGAAUUGAAGAUGUAACCAAUGAAGGAGGCUACACGUUUUCGGAUGGGGUUGGAAGGAUCAGUCUUUCACUUGCAAGUAAAGUGUUUGCGGAGUAUCGGCGGUGUGGGGAGAAUGUCAUUCGAGUUGAAGAACCGGCGGCUUUUCAAAUUCGGUUUGCUGGAGUCAAAGGAGUUGUAUCUGUCGACUGCUUGGAUAAGAGUGAGAACAUCUACUUCAGGCCAUCACAGAUUAAGAUUGAGGCGUUUCCAGAAAGGGUCCAGAAACUGAGAGUUGUCCAAAUACCACAAUACAGAUCGGGGAGAAUGAACGAACAACUUGCUUUAGGGCUUGAGUAUCUUGAGAUACCGAUACCCAAUUUCAUACAAUGUGCGAAAGAAUAUCUAAGAAAAUAUUUCACGAGCAUUCCAAAUGAUGAGGUAGUCAGACUCUUCCAGAAGAAUGCCAAAAAUCCCACGGUAGCAAUUGCACUGAAGAUGGUGAUGGCAGCUGGUCGCGACUCCAAAAUAUUCGAAGAGCCUUUUGUGAAAGCGAAUUCACUUGUCCUUCGAAUGGCUAUGCUGUCCGAGAAGAGCGAUUUUAUUAAGUUUGAUAUUGAUAAUUCGGCAUUUUUAAUGGGCGUGAUGGACGAAACAGGCAUAUUAGAAGAGGGACAGGUCUUCAUUCAACUCUCCUCGAAUUCGGUCUUCGUUCCAUCUUCAAGGCUUCUUGCUGUUAAAUUCCCAGCUACACAUCCCGGCGACUUUUUGCUCUUACGAAAUGUUUGUGAAAAUGUGUUGUUUGAACGAAAACGCGGGUACGAGCGACUUGCGUAUUUAAAGGACGUCAUCGUCUUUUCGUCGAAGGGAUAUCGUCCUGAUCCGAAUAAGAUGGCGGGUGGAGAUUUGGAUGGUGAUGAGUACUUGGUCAUUUGGAAUCCACUUUUCCUUCCCAAACUUGGUAAGAAGUCACACCCGCCAGCAAAUUACGAUUUUGAGGAAACACAUCUUGAAAGAUUCUUGGAAUACAACGACAUGAAACACGCAUUUGUUUCACAGUUAUACUCCAAGUAUGUGUUGGCACAGAUAUCGACUUGCCAUAAGAAGGCGUGUAUGUCAUUGGGGAUGCAGGACGAGAUUUCAAAGGCACUUUCACAACUCAUAUCCGUGGCGGUUGACGCACCAAAGACGGGGGCAGAGAUAGAUAGUGGGGAGAUAAACGAGUUGGUGGAGAGAGUCAGAGAACAGAAGAUCGUUGGGCAGUCCGUACUCAUCGCGUUGAAGGACUUUUUCAACCAACAAGUGCCACUUGUGCUUGACAGAUUCCACGCGGAGUUGAUGGACAUAGUCAAUACACUUCACUACGAUACCAUUUUCUUGUCAGAUAAUAUCAUCCCAGAGCUCAUACCAUUUGUGAGAAGAACGAGAAACGAAUUCAACAAGCAGAUUGAGUUGUACAUUAACAAACAAAUACCGUACCGAAUACAACGAGAUACUGAAAGGACUCAACUUGUAGUGGGUGGUGUAUUCCGAACAAGUGGAAGUGAUCGGUUGGAGUGGGAAAAGGAAGAGAAGGGUGUUAUCAACGACCUCGAAAGCUUCAUGUUAGCUUAUAGAAAUCGAGUUGAGCAGGAAGCUGCGCGCAUGAAAGUCCCACUGAGGCGUAUGAUUGACGCGUGUUACAAGAUUACAUACGAUCAGAGGUAUUAUUGUGAAAAUGAAUUGUUGGUAUAUAGAUUGACCAGGAUAAAGUGUUUACUUUUUCCAUGGGCCGUAAGACCACAAAACAACAUCUUUUUCACGUCGGUUAUCCAGAAGAAGUCACUUCCGAAUAAUGUCCUUUCAAGAGUGAAAAACUUACCAGAUUUUAAUUAUAAUUUAAACUAUAAAUUAUACCACUGGCUAAAUAAAGAAAACCCAAAAAGGUGA